CUGCCAGAGCCCAGGCCAGGGCGCCCAUUGGCUGCUCGGCCGGGGUGACGUAAUCGGGGCGUUCUAACACUAGGGUUGGGCCUGGAGCCGGAGCCAUUACUGCAGGAAGGAAACCCGCAGAGCUGAGCGGUCAAGAUGUGCGACUUCACCGAGGACCAGACCGCAGAGUUCAAGGAGGCCUUCCAGUUGUUUGACCGGACAGGGGAUGGCAAGAUCCUGUACAGCCAGUGUGGGGAUGUGAUGCGGGCCCUGGGCCAGAACCCCACCAACGCCGAGGUGCUCAAGGUCCUGGGGAACCCCAAGAGUGACGAGAUGAACGUGAAGGUGCUGGACUUCGAGCACUUCCUGCCCAUGCUGCAGACUGUGGCCAAGAACAAGGACCAGGGAACCUAUGAGGACUAUGUUGAAGGCCUCCGGGUGUUCGACAAGGAAGGGAAUGGCACUGUCAUGGGUGCCGAAAUCCGCCAUGUCCUUGUCACGCUGGGUGAGAAGAUGACAGAGGAAGAAGUAGAGAUGCUGGUGGCUGGGCACGAGGACAGCAAUGGUUGUAUCAACUAUGAAGCGUUUGUGAGGCAUAUCCUGUCGGGGUGACGGGCCGUGGGGCGGAGCUUGUCCGUAUGGUGCUGAAUGGCUGAAGACAUCCCCGGGCCACCAGAGCCCGUGCCUUUCCCCGUGUGAGACUUAUCAGGCUCCCUGCUCACAGCACCUCUCGAGCUCGCCUCCUGGGUAAUGCCUGCUGCCAGCAGGCACUAAAUAAACUUGCUCUUUGUGGCCCCAA